AUGGCGUCCCAUGAUGCCAUCACCACCGCCACCGCCGCCCCCGCCGCCGCCGUGCCAGAGGUGGCGCCUGUGUUUCAUCCCACAGUGUGGGGCGACUUCUUCAUCAACUAUAAUCCAGAACCGUUACAGAUGUCAGAGGAAAGGAUGACAGAGAGGUCCAAUCAACUGAAGGAGAAAAUAAUUGGGUUAUUUCCGUGCAGUACCAUAGUUGAGCAACUGUACCUUGUAGACACACUCCAACACCUGAGCGUAGAUCAACAUUUUCAUGAACAAAUUGACUCCACAUUAAGAAGCACUCAUGCUGGUGAAUUCAAUAGCUCUAGCCUUCAUGAGGUCGCCCUUCGGUUCCGCAUACUGAGGCAGCAAGGCUUUUGGGUUUCUCCAGAUGUAUUCAGCAAGUUCAAAGACGAAGAUGGGGCCUUCCAUGUUAACGUAACUAACGACCCAAGGGGGCUAUUAAGUCUAUACAAUGCAGCACACCUUUUUAUCCAUGGGGAGACAGAACUUGAAGAAAGCAUCUCGUUUGCAAGGCGGCACCUCGAAUCGAUGGAAGGUAGGCUUGAGUACCAAUUGGCAGAGCAAGUCAGGCGCGCCCUUCACUUACCACUGCCAAGGACCUUGAAGAGAGUCGAGGCGCUGCAUUAUAUGUCAGAGUACAAACAAGAGCUGAUGCACAACUCCUCCAUUCUGGAGUUCGCCAAACUGGACUUCAACCUUCUGCAACGUCUCCACUUGAAGGAGCUCAAGGCUCUCUCUAGAUGGUGGAAAAAUCUUUACAGAGAAGUGGGGCUAAACUACUCGCGGGACCGCGUGGUUGAGUGCUACUUCUGGGCGUAUACGACAUACUACGAGAAAGAGUAUACACAUGCAAGGAUGAUUCUCGCUAAGAUAAUCGCAAUAAUAAUAAUGACAGAUGACACUUACGAUGUCCGUGCUACUUUGGUUGAGUGUAAACAGCUCAAUGAAGCUAUACAAAGAUGGGAGGAGAAUGCUACUUCUCUUCUACCAGAGUACUUGCAGAAGUUCUACCUCAAGCUCAUGAGCACCUUCAAGGAGUUUGAGGACGAAUUGAAACCGGAUGAGAAGUACCGGGUCGCUUUUAGCACAAAAGCGUUUCAAAUAUCAUCAAACAACUAUCUCCAAGAAGCCGAAUGGUUUCAUCAAAAUCACAAGCCAAGAUUUAAUGAUCAAGUGAAGGUAUCUAGUGUGUGCUCAGGCGGGCCAUGGGUAUGUGUUGGGUUGCUAGUUGGUAUGAGCGAUACUGCAACCAAGGAGGCACUGGAAUGGGCCCUCGGCUGCACUGAUGCUGUCAGAGCUUGUGCAGAGGUGACACGUUUCAUGAAUGAUCUUGCUUCCUUUAAGCGUGGAAAGAACAAAAAUGAUGUGGCCAGCUCCGUGGAAUGCUACAUCAGUGAGCACGGCGUGGCGAGUGAGGUCGCCAUUGCCAAGAUAGGUUCUCUGAUUGAAGAUGCAUGGAAGACUACGAACCAAGCACGCUUUGAGCUCCCUGAGCUGCUGCUUCCGGCUGUGCAGCGAGUCGCAAACAUAACGAUCAGCAUGCCCUUCAUGUAUGAUGACAAGACGGAUGCUUUUACGUUCAGCAGCCGUCUUGAGGGGACGAUUAAGCGACUGUUUGUCAAUCCUAUUGACUUCUAG